CAGUCGCUUUUCCCAACAUUUCCAAUUCGAUUUGUAUUUAUCACUCAAAAAGUACCAAUUUUUCCCUCUGAAAAUUUCCAGAUCUGCAAUUGCUGGUCCAACUCCUGAUUCCAAUUACAGACUUCUACUUCCGGCUUCUAGAAUCUUCCAUUGUCGUGUAUGCAUAGUUUCAACCGGAUCACCGGCGAGAACUGUGACCGGCGGUUUCUGCAAUGAGUUAUCGGAGGGAUCAUCGGGCCCAUAGAGCUGCUCUCUUUGAUAACUAUGAUAGUAUUGAGGAAGGUGGUAUAAGGGCUUCAUCUUCCUAUCCCCGUGAUCUUGAUGAACGAGACAAUGACAAAGCUGUGGAUAGCUUACAAGACAGAGUCAGCUUUUUAAAGAAAUUAACAGGUGACAUACAUGAGGAGGUGGAGACCCACAACAAGAUGCUAGACCGAAUGGGGAAUGAGAUGGAUUCAUCUAGGGGAAUCAUGUCAGGAACUAUGGAUCGGUUCAAGAUGGCGUUUGAGAAGAAAUCGAAUCAGAAAGUGUGCAAACUUGCUGGAUACUUCGUACUUUCCUUUUUCCUAAUAUACUACAUAUUUAGGUUUCUCAUGUAUUUCAUGUAUGGAUGAGGGGCAGGAUCACUAAAAUUGGUUGGCCACACCACAAAACACAACACAUAGAAGUUAGAACUGGAAUCUUAUCUUCUCCAUUCUUAUCGGUAAAAGGUGGCACCAUGUUGUGUCAAGUCAUCAAAGACAGAAUGAUAUCAUGUUCGCGUUGAAACGGAAGAGAUCUUUAGUCAUAUGUUUGAAAAAUCAUACAGAAAGCAAUGUGGUAAAAACUUGACAAAAGAAUUGUUUUUAUUUUUUUGGUUUAUAGACGUGUAUAGUAAGCAUAUAUUUCAAUGUUAUGCUGAUGACAACUACAGUUUUUUUUACUGAAAAAUGUUGAAAAUCAGUUAGUAUUACCAAUGUCUUUGUGCCGGCUUCAUUGAACAAUAAUUGUAAGGGAAAUAAUAUUUGUUUAGUUACAACAUGAUUUUGAAUGUU